AGCGGAAGGCGCUGAACGUCACUCGGCACAAGAGGAGGAGCGGCAGAGCAAUCUGGGAGGUGUUUGUUUUACGUUUUAUAUAACGAAAUUCUUAAAAAUGUAAACCCUAAUACCGUCAGCAACUGGAUUUCUAAAACCAACACCGGGACCACAAUAACGCAACGACCUCGAUUCCGUGUUUUGUAAGGAAGUCCCUGUUCCCUGGAGCAGCAGGCGCCUGGAACUCCCAGCUGGCAGAAUGUCACCCAUCGGCAACGACUGCCCGCAUUUGGAAUCUGUGGGCGAGAUCACUAAAGAAGAACUGAUUCAGAAAUCUCAUGGGAAAUGCCAGGAUUGUAAAGUUGGCGGUCCAAACCUUUGGGCAUGUUUGGAGAACGGCUGCGCCUACGUCGGCUGUGGAGAAUCUCACGCUGAUCACAGCACAGUUCACUCCCAGGACACCCAACAUAACCUGACUGUGAAUCUCACCACUCUGCGAGUCUGGUGCUACGCCUGUGGAAAAGAGGUGUUUCUGGAGAGAAAGCUUGGACCCCGCUCCCCGGUGUCAUCCCCUAAACCACACACACAGAUUCAGAACCAUGUGCAGGAUACCAAAGUCCCUGGAAGUCCAGCACUGAAGCUCCCCCAAGCAGCUGUCUUUGAUGACCUAGAUACUGAGAUGGAAGAACACAAAUUCAGAACAAGAGGUAGUCGCAUAUCAUUUCCACUUGGUCUCACUGGACUGAAAAACAUUGGGAACACGUGUUACAUGAACGCAGCUCUCCAGGCACUUUCAAACUGCCCGCCUUUGACCCAGUUUUUUGUGGACUGUGGUGGUUUGGUGCGUACUGACAAGAAGCCAGCUCUGUGUAAGAGCUAUCAGAAGCUGGUUUCAGACAUCUGGCACAAGAACAGACCUGGAUAUGUUGUUCCAACUAACUUGUUCCAAGGAAUAAAGGCAGUUAAUCCAAUGUUUCGUGGCUAUUCACAGCAGGACUCCCAGGAAUUCCUGCGCUGUCUGAUGGAUCAGCUUCAUGAGGAGCUGAAGGAGAGCCUGCUGGAGCUGGACGAGGGCCCCCCGGACAUCAGCAUGGACGAGAACAUGGAGGAGGACAAAAGCCAGUCCGACAACGACUUCCAGUCCUGCGAGUCGUGCGGAAGCAGUGACAAGGCAGAGAGCGAGACCAAUGUCAAGCUGCUCACAGAAGGGCCCACCGAGGCUGAGAUGCUCAUCUCUGACGAGGUGAAGAACCAGAUGAAUAAUAAAGACUGGCAGAAAGAGAAGAACCUCAUUAACAAGCUGUACCGAGCCAGCUCGUCCGAGGACUUGGAUAAAGACAUUGACACAGCGGCAGAAGCCACCCCCUUCAUCGGCAACCAGGGAACUGUCAAAGUGCAGAUACAGAGCAGGCUGUCAGACUGUUUCCCCGAUUUCCAUGUAAACAGUUCCUCAAGGCCCCACAGCCCCUCGCCCAAUGAAGGAAUCCAUCCUAAACUCUCCAGUAGCCCCCCGAAAUCUACUUCUGUCUGGCCAUCUUCGCACAAGAAAGUUGCACCAUUUUCCUCUCCGAAGAAGACGACACAGAAAAAGUACAGGAGUGUAAUUUCUGAUGUCUUUGACGGCACUAUCGUCAGUUCAGUGCAGUGUCUGACUUGCGAUCGGGUAUCUGUCAUAUUAGAAACCUUUCAGGACAUCUCCCUGCCAAUCCCAGGUAAAGAAGACCUGGCCAAGCUCCAUUCCUCCACACACCAGACUUCACUGGCCAAGGCCGGCUCCUGUGGGGAAGCGUACGCACCUCAGGGCUGGGUAUCGUUUGUGAUGGAAUAUAUCAAAAGCUGGUUUUGGGGUCCUGUGGUAACCCUGCAAGACUGCCUGGCUGCCUUUUUUGCAAGAGACGAGCUCAAGGGGGAUAACAUGUACAGCUGUGAAAAAUGCAAAAAGUUAAGAAAUGGAGUUAAAUUCUGCAAAGUACAGAGUCUUCCAGAGAUUCUAUGCAUUCACUUGAAGAGAUUCAGACAUGAGCUCAUGUUCUCAACCAAAAUUGGCACCCAUGUGUCCUUCCCUCUGGAGGGCCUGGACCUGCAGCCAUUUCUCGCCAAGGACUGCGCUGCUCAGACCACCUCCUACGACUUGCUGUCAGUCAUCUGCCACCAUGGGACAGCCAGCAUAGGUGGUCAUUACAUAGCUUACUGCCGAAAUGAUCUGAACAGCCAGUGGUACGAGUUUGAUGAUCAGAGUGUCACCGAGGUGUCAGAGUCCAGUGUCCAGAACGCGGAGGCAUACGUGCUCUUUUACAAAAAGAGCAACGAAGAGGCCCAGAAAGAGCGUCGGAAAGUCUCCAACCUUCUGAACAUGAUGGAGCCAAGUCUGCUGCAGUUCUACAUCUCCCGCCAGUGGCUGAAUAAGUUUAAGACAUUUGCUGAGCCCGGCCCAAUUUCCAACAAUGAUUUCCUCUGUGCUCAUGGAGGUGUACCACCUCAUAAAUCUGCAUAUAUUGAAGAUAUUGUUUUAAUGCUGCCACAGAAUGUAUGGGACCAUCUGUAUAGCAGGUAUGGAGGAGGACCAGCUGUUAACCAUCUGUAUGUGUGUCACACUUGCCAGAAUGAGAUUGAGAAACUAGAAAAAAGAAGAAAAAUAGAACUGGAUAUGUUUGUUCGGCUGAACAAAGCAUUUCAGGAAGAGGAAGCCCCUGCAGUCAUUUAUUGCAUCAGUAUGCAGUGGUUCAGAGAGUGGGAGGGAUUUGUCAAAGGCAAGGACAAUGAGCCUCCUGGUCCGGUUGAUAAUACAAGGAUUGCUGUGAACAAGAGUGGUCAUAUUACAUUAAAGCAAGGAGCGGAUUCUGGACAGAUCUCUGAAGAAACCUGGAACUUCCUUCAUUCUAUCUAUGGCGGGGGUCCAGAGGUUACUUUGCGCCCCAAUAUUGCGCAUCAAGAAUCUGAAGCCUCCCAAGCAGAAGAGAAAAUCGAGAUGGAGACCCGUGCCGUGUAGUUUUUACACACAGCAGGCAAAACAAAUACACUUUGCACUUAACUUACUCUAGGAGCAUUCCCAGAAAGACUCUUUCUUGUUGUUGUAAAUUUAUAGGGGAAUUGUUAGAUUUGACAAUCAAUGGAAGGAGGACAUACCACCCCACCCCACCCCCCAGAGAAUAAUCUAACAUGUUGUGUUGCACUGAGCUACUGUACAGCUAUUCUAGUGUAAUGGUGUCCCUUAGCAAACCAGAUGGAGUAGAAAUCAGAUAAUUUGAUCCCUGCUAAUAUUUCUCUAAUAUAUAUACUGCAUAAAGUUCAAUUAACAAUCUAUAUUUAAGCAACUACUGUCUAAGAACAGUAAAAAAAAAAGUUAAAACUUUAUGAAAAAAAUGGUGCAGUAUUUGAAACGAUGAACAAAAAUAAGCAGGUUAUUGCAGUAGUUAGUAGUCGUGAGAAAGAACUGUCUUUUGCACUGUAUUGCAGACAAAGAAGCAGCACCUUGCACAUCUGACGCCUCCAAAUAAGUUUGAAUGUACUGGUACUUCCAUUUUCAAAUUGUUUUCCCAGAAGACUCACAUUUCUUAAACCAGUGACAAUAGAAAAGUCUGGCAACUGUUUUUGGAAGGCAUGCUUAAAGGAAAAACAAAGUGACUAUAAACUCUGGCCUCCUUCCAGGUCAUUUUUAUGUUGCGUUCAUUUGCAUGUAAAUGCAGCUUGCUGACCUAACGUACACUUGGGCAAAUUGCAACUGCCAAGGUAUGUACAGAAUACGUAAUGAUUUAUCCGGUCUGGUAUUUUCAACUGUUGCAUUCUGAAAUGAGGCAUUCUUCUGUGUAUCUGGGCAUGAUGUUUCUUAUGUUACAGUUCGAGGUGGGAAAAACUGUUAAAAACAACUGUAGUAUAUUUGAAAAAAAAAAACUGGAAUGCUUAACAGUAAAAUACAGUAUGUUCUGUCUUUGGCUGGUACUCUGUUACUAUUAUAACCUAAUAAUAAUUCAGAAAGUUACUUCAAUAAACGAGUGACCAAAACAUG